AUGACAACACCAUCACCAGCAUCAAAUGCUCAAACAAGUGGCGUGUGUACAAUCUCACCUCAGUCCGGUCUGCUAGAGUGUACAAAGGAGUUUAGAAGCAAGGAGAAGUUGCCAACAUACGUGUUCCAGUAUCCAGAGCACGCCAACACUCAUGUUGCCAACGAGAUCGUCGCCGUAAUUGAGAAGGCCAAUGCAGAGGGCAGAAAUGCCGUGCUGGGCCUGUCGGCCGGCUCAACACCCACCGGUGUCUACGAGCUGCUCAUCCAGCUGCACAAGCAGAAGAAGGUCUCCUUCAGCAGGGUGGUGACGUUCAACAUCGACGAGUACUACCCCAUUGCCAAGACCUCCAUACAGAGCUACAACCGCUUCAUGAAGGAGUAUCUGUUUGACGAGGUCGACAUCCCCGCCGCCAACAUCAACGUGCUCAACGGCGAGGCGGACGUUGCCACCAUCGAGCAGUACUGCGAGGCGUUCGAGGAGAAGAUCAAGUCGCUGGGCGGCAUCGACCUACUGCUGCUUCCCAUCGGCAAGCGCAUUGGAUUCAACGAGUCGGGCGCUGAGAAGGGCUCAAAGACCCGUCUAGUGGACCUCGAGCAGAACACCAGAAUCGACGCAGCCUCUGACUUCUUUGGCACGGAGCACGUGCCACACCAGGCGCUCACCAUGGGUCUCUCCACACUGCUGGCUGCCAAGCGUGUACUGUUGCUUGCCUUCUCAGAGGGCAAGGCUGCCGUGGUCCAAAAGACCACAGAGGGUGAGGUCUCUCUACAGGUACCAUCUAGUCAGUUCCAGAAGCAUGCCAACUGCUCGUUGAUCGUUGAUGAUGCCGCUGCAGGUGAACUCACCAGACAAAAGUGUCCAUGGACCAUCCACGGCACAACUGGUCCAGUCCUCAUCAAGUGGACUCCAUUGCUUGCUCGUAAGGCUGUGAUCUGGCUGUCGCUCAAGCACAACAAGCCCAUCCUCAAGCUUGAGGAGGAUGAGUACACCGAUAACAACCUGUCAUCAUUGCUCAAAGCAUAUGGACCAUGUCCAAACCUUAACCUAAAGGUGUUUAGAUACCUUCAAUCAACAAUCAAUGGCUGGCCAGGUGGUCGUCCUAUUCAAUCACCACCCAAGUCCCCAGCCGGUCUUGGUCUCGGUCCACUGCCAAUCCAGGUCCAGAAUGACAACUGGGACGCACCAACUGCCACUCAGAUGCCAGUGUCCAAGCGUGUCAUUGUCUUCUCACCACAUCCAGACGACGACGUCAUCUCGAUGGGUGGCACAUUCAUCAGACUCUGCGAUCAAGGUCAUCAAGUGCACGUUGCCUACCAAACAUCUGGCAACAUUGCCGUGUGGGACGACGAUGCCAAGCGCUUUGCCAACUACGCCAAUGAGUUUGUCAAGCUGUUUGACUUUGACGAGUCGGCCAAGAAGAAGGCGCAAGCCCUGCAGGAUGGCGUCGAGAGCUUCAUCGCAAACAAGCAGCCCGCUCAGCCAGACUCGCGUGAGAUCCGUCUGAUAAAGGGACUGAUUCGUCAGACUGAGGCCAGAGCAGGCGCACGCUACGCCGGUGUCCACCCAAGCCGUAUCCACUUCCUCGAGCUGCCAUUCUACGAGACUGGCGCCGUCAAGAAGAAACCACUUGGCGAGGAGGACAUCCAGAUCAUGGCCGACUUCCUCACCUCUGUAAAGCCCGAGAUCAUCUUUGCCGCCGGUGACCUGUCGGACCCACACGGUACCCAUCGUGUCUGUCUCAAGGCGAUCCUGGCCGCCAUCGAGCGCCUCAAGAAUGAGCAAUGGAUGCGCGAGUGCCAGGUGUGGCUGUACCGUGGCGCCUGGCAAGAGUGGGAGCCCGAGCGCAUCGAGAUGGCUGUGCCCAUGUCGCCACACGAGCUCCUCAGAAAGAGAAUGUCGAUCUUCAAGCAUCAAUCACAAAAGGAUGUGCCAGCAUUCCCCGGCACAGACAAGCGCGAGUUCUGGGUGCGUGCCGAGGACCGCAAUCGUCAGACUGCCAAGAUAUAUGACCGACUUGGAUUGACAGAGUUUGAAGCUGUCGAAGCAUUCGUCAGCUGGGCCAUUGACAACAAAUACGGUACCAACCCAAUAUAA